AUGUCUUUUCUUAGCCAAAAAGUCGGUCUCCCAAAUGAUCCCCUGUUCAAAAAGCUGCUUCACAACGCUCAAGUCAACACCAACAUUCUGAUACAUGAUCCAACCCAUAACAAAGAUGCCACCACGGCUCAAUUCCUUCAUGAUGUAGGGGCCUUUUGUGCCAACAUUCUCUGUCAACUACCCCAAGACCUUCUCAAUGAGCAUGGAAGUCUCAAAAUCCCGGGAGUUUACAUAGCAAUUCUUGCUCCACUGAGCUACGACUUCGUCGUUGCCUUAUAUGCCGUUAUUGCACUAGGCGCUGCAGCCGUACCAUUAUCAACCAAAGUGCUCCCCGAAGAAGGCGGCUGGCUCCUCAACAAAUGCAAUGCCAUCUGUCUUCUCGCUCAGCCAGAGCAUAUGCCGCUUGCUACUGACAUCCAGUCCCAACCAAAUGCCACUCCAAGCCCCAUAAUACCGAUUCAACACAACCCAAGGGCAUUCUCUGAGCUACCCCGGAUUAACCCAGCCCUUAAGUUCCCCCCUACCCAGCCAGGUCUUCUCCUCUUCACGUCAGGCACAACCGGACCCCCAAAGGGUGUCAUCCUACCGCGUCAACUCUUCUUCCCGCACGUCACACCCGACUGCACUGCCGAAGAUAUCGCCAUAGUCUACCGCGCCGUCAACGGUCUCCCCGGGGUGCUGAAUCUAAGUGAUCUGGUGUACGUCGGCGCGCGUAUUGAGCUCUUUCCGGCAGGAAUCCAGCCAGCCCCUAUUUGGGAGAGACUUCGAGGCGGUGGCGUCACCGUGCUAGCGGGUGCCACUCGCUUCUGGCAGGUUCUCAUGACAGACUAUGAGGAGAGACUGCAAGGCCUACCGGAGAACGAACGUCUCAUGUAUGAUGAGGGUGCUCGGAAUAUCCGUGUCGCGUGGUUCGGAGGCGGGAUGCCUUUGCCGGCGGCAAAGAGGUUCUGGCUCAGUUUGCGCAGCGGGAGGGAGUGGACGGUCAAGUAUGGGGCGUCCGAGUUGGGGAGGGAGGCGAUGGUGUUUCAUUUUUCGAGCGAGAGUCCCGCAUUGAAGCCAAUUAUUGGGCGUCCGUUGGCUGAGACCGAGGCCAAAUUGGCAGAUGGCGACCGAGGGGAGUUGCUCAUCAAGAGCCCAACAAUGAUGAUCGGAUAUAUCGAUGACGAAGAACGCACAAGUGCGGCAUUCGAUGCCAACGGUUUCUAUCGUACGGGGGACCUUGCCCACCAAGAUGAACAGGGCAUGUUCGUCUUUGACGGCCGUGCAUCGGCAGAUUUCGUCCGGUUCAAUGGCCUCCGCGUCUCAGUCUACGAGGUCGAAUCGCAGCUAUGGGACUUGCCCUAUAUUACUGAAGCGUACGUGCUUAGCAUCCCAGACAAUUGCUAUGGACACCGCGUUGGUGCACUCGUGCGUUUAGGCCGAGGAGAAGUUUCAUUGUCGCUAGCCAAAUUGCGGAAGGAUUUGGCUACAGUGUUGGCUAUCUACAAAUUGCCAACAGUGUUACGCAUUGUGGACAAGAAUGAGGAGCUACCUCGUAGUCCAGAAGGUAAACUGUCACGUAAUCCUGCCGUGCAGAAACUCUUCCUGACAGAAGGUGGAGGGUUGUCGGGUAACGUGGAGGUUUGGGACAUAGGGGUAGAGGAGACGGUGACAAGGCGGGCGUGGGACUGGGGCGGCGUUUGA